AUGUCCAGUCAGCGUCUUGUCCUAGGCCUCCCACGUGUCUUGCCGUCGCUGCCGCCUUCGUUUGCGCCGCCGUGUGGUCCCUGCGUCGAGGGUCGGCUGUGCGCCACCCCUCACUCCUCCUCCCUACGUCCGGCCACCGAGCCUUUUGAGACGCUUCACUUGGACGUCUGGGGCCCCGCCCCUCGUCUAGGCCCUGAGCGUGAGCGUUACUUUCUGGUGGUCGUUGACGACUUCUCCCGCUACACCACAGUGUUCCCUCUGGCGAAGAAGUCUGAGGUGACUUCUACGCUGAUCAGGUGGUUGCUCACCACCGAGGACACUCGUGGUCGUCGUGUCAGCUGUCUCCACUCCGACCGUGGGGGUACGCCGCGCACCAGCUGA